AUGGCCGACCCGAACCGUCUCCACAAGAUGUUCAUUAGCGAUGGCGACGACAUGUGUAGAACCUGCAGCUACAUGCUUCUAACUACCUACGGUUUAUUCGGACUCAUCACGCGCGGGUUCGAUCAUGGAUGGAUUCAUUACCCUCAAGAACCCAUGUCGUUAGUCGAAGACGUCACAUCUCCUUGUAGCACUCCUUCGAAUCCCAAAAGUCCAUAUGACCUCCAACUCAUGGGCUGGGGAUGUCACUUUUGCGCACUCGUCCUCAGUGACCCAAAAGCAAGCCAGAAAGGCUCACAAGUUACCCACCCCUCAGUUGCUCACAAAUACGUCAUUGAGAAACACCACGAGUUCCGACAUAUCGGCUUUCGUGCAAUCAUUGUCAAUGACGUGGGCGAGGAGGUUGAAAAUCCGUUUAGAUAUCGAAAGUUCUCGUUAACGGGCAAGAACUCGGAUCUUCUACAGAUGACAGAGGUGGUGGAAUAUUUCCACAAGCAUCAUCUUCAUGUGGGAGGUAUCGCAGUUGAGAGAGGGAGUGAAGUGUCUUACACGGUCGAAUGGCAUGUUCAGAUGGGCUCUCUGUAUCCGGGCGUGAGCGCUGAGUACCCAUGGUAUCGGUUCACUAGUGUUUUUGAUUUGUCUAGAACGGGAGGUUUAAAACGAAAGGGGAUAGGAGGAGUGUUAAAUCCCAGAGAAAAACUCCCUCCGAGUAACCUCCGUAUUUGCGACAAACCCCCUCCUGCGGAUGUUGAAAUAUGCAAUAUUAAAAUGCUAAGCACGAAACUACAAAGCCUUAUGCUACAAGAGGAAUGA